ACUAACAAUUUUAAGCGGUCUUAACACGAAUCGAAGUUUGCUUCCAUGAGACAUGGUCCAAGACACGAGGGGAAUCCCCUGAUUCCAAGAAUCAAAGUCACAGAAGACUAAUAGUAUUCCCUAGGGGGGAGGAGGUAAAAACAAACUGAUUUUCGUUCUCGUAAUUUCUAAAGUUUUACUAGAAAAUGAUGCUAAAAAUACAUGAGAAUCAAAGAUACGAACUUUGAAUUAUAUUUUGAUAAAUAAUUUGAGGUCUUUUAGAGUAUGAUGAUUUUUUUAAAAAUUAGUUUGUUUUUGCGUCUGUUGGGGUACUUGAAAGGUCUUAUAUUUCUCUGUUGCCCCAGACAGGCAAAAUAUAAGAAUGCUAUAUAAAUUGCAUCAGAAAUCAAAACGAAAGUAUAUUCAGUUUGUGGGAGAAUCUGUUUAAAAGGCUUAGAAAUGUCCGUGAUUCCGCCGUUCAAUAUUCUUCUAAACUCAAUAAGCAACGAUUUGAGUCCACGAAAUCUACACAGCCUCGUCCACAUCUGCGAACCUUAUAUUCCUGAAAGCGAACGGGAAGAAAUCGAAAAUGGCCUUGAUGUCUUCCGAAUCUUGAAGCAUCGAAAUGUUAUUGGCGAUGAUCAAGAAAAGGCUCGAAAUCUCGAGGAGAUCGUAAAAGCGAUGAAACCAAAGAGAAGAGACAUCAUCAAGAAAGUCAGGACUUUCAUUCGCACCAACUAUGAUCCAGAGUAUGAUAUUCAGUCCAGUGGUGAGUCGUUUGUUUACUGUGAGCCUCCUGCAGUACUUGUAGAGAAUCGACGUGAACCACUUCCUCUUCAUAGGUAUGAUUCAUCGGGCCUGGAAUCUCUUAGUGUUCCGUGCAGUCCAUCUGGCGAAGUAAGGAACACUGAAAACCACUGCUCGAUGGAUUGCUGUUGUUGGGGGUGUAACUGCUAUGCUCGACGAAUACCCGCUUGUGUGCUGUUGAUUAUGACUGGGAUUAUGGCAAGCCUGACGUUUUUAUCAAGUCUGUUGUGGUUUAAAAAAAUACCUGAAAACUUGCACAGUAAGCUUAUUGGUAGCGAAGGGUCUAAGGCGGGAAAAUACGUUGUUCCAUGUUUUGGUUUGGCUACGAUUGCUUUCCUGAUUUGGUGGAUUUACAGGAAAGUUCGUGGAAACCAGAUUCAGAUUCCGUACAACGGAUUCACCAACAAUAUCAACCCGCCUGCUGGGUUUGAUAAUCAAUCGAGCCCCGGCGCCAAUACCGUAGCGGAAAAGGUUUUAACCAUCCCUCCAAGAAGUGUGAAACUCCACAUAAAGAAACAGAAAAGAAGACCUUUUGUGUCCGGAAAUGCAGGAUCUUCCCUCGACACGGCCGCGUCUGCUUCUGUACUCGAAACAGACCAGCAACAGCUCCAUUUCGCGUCAAAACAGCUGCCCCGUCCUCGUCUUCACAGGAACAGUACGAUGGAAGAUGGAGGGCUGCAGACUGACGGGGCUUGUGGCUCCGAGGAAACAGAUGAAUUUCAGACGAGCCGAGAGUCAUUGUAUAGCUACAGCGACUACAGUAGUGAUGAGCCUAUUUUAAAAGUACCACCCAUGAUAGCAGAGUAGAGGACGUCCACGUAACACCCCC